AGACUCGUCCAUCGUUUGUCCUCCACGAGAUAUUAGCCAAACGGUCGCAAGCGACCCUCGUGGGAUGUAAGAUUGUCAGUCUUGGACAAAGACAGCCUUGUCUAUUGAGAUCUUUACCACAAAAUGUCUGGUUUGACAUUGCUCGGACCAGUUACUUAGGAAACUGCUCAUCAUGCCGCGCAUAUAAUACACCUGGGCCAGGUUCGGAGUGAAAGUUGUUUGUGAUUAUUCUAUUACUGAGUGUCGUCUGCUGUUUAGACGUCGUCCAACAUGGCUAUGCAGGGAGACGAGGCGUCGAUUGAGAGAGGGUACCGGAGACUGUCUUCUCUCUUCCUUCGGCCUGGAAUCGAUCAACAAAAAUGUCAACGUUGUAAAUCGACUGUUUAUCAACAAGAACGUCUCGGGCCCGUUCACGACGUCGUGUUUCACAAAACGUGUUUUAAAUGUGUGACAUGUGGGCAGUUUCUUACUUUGAAAAACUACUGGUCAAAUCAAGUUGAUGCAGACGACAGGGAAAUAUACUGUAACAGUCAUGUACCGAGAAUCGGUGGAGCCAAAAUUGACAAGGAAGCGCUUGGAAUUAAAAGCGCGAUGUCUGUUCAGCAAAAUUUCAAGAGAAAUGCAGAUUCUAAAACUUCAGAAAAAAGGAUACCAGACAACAUCCCUCAAGUAGGGGCAGACGCGUUGAUGAUUCAAAGGGCCUUGAAAGCCCCCAAAACCAGCCAGUACGGUCAAGAGGGAAAUGUGCCUGCCACAAGUCUAGAUAUCAAUGCGUGGGGAAUAAAAGAUGCCAUGGAUGCUCAAGUUCUACAAAAACGAUAUCAGAGAAAGUUGGAUAAACACCACUUCCCACCACAUAUCGCCAAGCGGCGGGAGCAGGUGUUCAAUGCCCAGAAGGAGCUGGAGGCGAAGCUGCGGAAGGAGGAGGAUGAGAUGUUCCGCAGCUUCCAUUCCGUGCGGAAACAGGAAUCAGAGAAGAUCUCCGAGGAGAUAAACAAGGAAUGGGAGGUACGCCUUAAGGAGCUGACGGAAAAGUUUGACAAGCAGAUGGAGGGGAAGAGGAAGAAGAUGAAGGAUAAUGAGAAGAAGCUAAUGACAGUCCAGUUCGAGAAUGAGAAGAACGUCCUUCAGAAGACUAUGACAAUGAAGAGGGAGAAGAAGAAGAAGACGAUGACCUUGAGGCUGAGGGAGAAGGAACAGAGUACGACCUCUGACCUGGUCAAACGACAGAGCGUACAGAUGCUGAGUCUUCUGGCAGCCAAGCAGGAGGAGAUGAAGCAGGAGCUGGUGGUGGAGCUGCAGAAUGACCUGGAGAUCCUUCAGACUGAAGAGUCGGCAGGGCAGGUGUCCGAGCCCCCAGUGGAGGAGAUCAUGGAGGUGCUGCAGACUCCCACAGUCUUCGAACCACCCUCACCCAAACCACCGCGCUGUCGGAAGAGGGACCUCUACAGUGACGUUAGCGUCUUCAGCGACAUUGAUGAACAAGUGAUUGAGGUGGCCGAAGGUGAGCAGCUGACCUACACUGACCUGGUCAAGGAGCUGACAGAAAACCUGAUGUCGGACCUGGAGAAAGCCAGAGCCAUCUACCGCUGGAUCACAGUGAAGGACCUCAAUGUGAUGGAGUUUGACGAGACGAUCGAGGAGGACACGCCUAUGGGACUACUGAGGGGCAUUAAGUUCGGCACAGAAACCUACCACGUGCUGUUCAUGAGACUGUGCAGCUACUGCGGCCUGCACUGUGUGGAGAUCAAGGGCCACUCCAAGAGUGUGGGGUACGAGCCAGGCAUGCAGAUCACUCCCGACACCUUCCAGAACACCUGGAAUGCCGUGCUGAUUGACGGGGACUGGAGGCUGAUCCAGUGCAACUGGGGGGCCAGACACCUGGUGUUGAACAAGGACAAGGACAAGGAGAAGCCCAAGAAGCGAGAUCAGAUCCGCUACCAGUACGACGAGCACUACUUCCUCACCGACCCCGAUGAGUUUAUCCAAGAGUUCUGGCCGUAUGAGCAGAAAUGGCAGCUCCUUGUGAUCCCUAUCACUCUCCCGGAGUUCGAAGCCUUGCCAUUCGUCCGAUCCGUUUUCUUCCACUACGGGAUGAGGUUUGAUCAAAGCAGGGUGGCAGUGUUAGAGACAGACGACAAAGGUGGUGUGAAGAUCAGCAUCAAGAUCCCUGAGGAGCUGGAAAAUGAUCUUGUGUUUUUCUAUCAGCUCCGAUUCGCUGAUAAGGAGCGCAAACAUGAGCUGUCUUACCGCGGAGCUAGCCUGGAGAGGUUUGUCUUCCAGACCAUGGUGGACAACACUGUCACCUUCAGUGUCCAUGUGCCUACGACUGCUGAAUAUUUCUUUGAGAUUUUUGCGAACAAGAUCGAUGAGACCAAUCGGUGUGUUGAGGAAAACAAUGCAAAUUUUGCUCCAUUCCGACUGAAGUGUGCGUGUAAGUUUAAGAUCCUGUGCACAACGAUGUCUGGGAAGAUGCAUCCCCUUCCCAACUGUGCCGCUGGGGAAUGGGGGCCCAAGAAGGCCCUCCGACACUUUGGACUUACAGCUGUGCCUUUCGAAGGUGGUGAGUCUAGUGACAAUUUGGAAACUUCCAAAGCAGGAAUACUCACGGUUGAAGAAAAAUUCAGUGUGAAGUUCAAUAUUCCCAGACCCCUACAGUUUGUGGCCAAAUUGCGAAUGAAUCAAGUCGAAGAUCAAAUUCUCGAUCCCUUUGUGCAUCUUUCUGCCGAUGCCAAAAUCUUGACAAUAACCAUCACCCUUCCACAGACAGGACAGUAUGGCAUUGAUCUUUAUGCUCGUCCGAAAGGGGUGUCUGAUUCCAACACCUUAUCCCAUGCUUGCAAGUAUCUCAUUAAUUGCACCAAGGUCGACACCCCACUGGAAAUUCCCAAAACUUCUUCGUCUAAGAAUAAAUGGGGACCUACAAGUUCCUUUGAGGAGUUUGGGCUGAAACUGGUAUCACACAAGGACCCUAAGAUCCGUAUCUCUGAUUCCAAUCUGUGUCAUAUUGAGCUGGAGGUUCCACAAAGUAUCAACCUUUCCUUUCAGUUCCUUCGGGAACCUGACGAGGAUAACCGAGAUUACGUCCAGAUGGCCCGGCUUGACGACCGUCCGACCAUCAUGCGCUUCAACAUCACUCUGACUCGCAGCGGGAACUACAUGCUGUCAUUGUAUGCUCGGCGAGAUAAAAGCGAUGAUCGCUCACUCCCAAAUGUUUACAACUAUCUAAUUCAGUACUCUAGGAGCCCGAUGGAAUCAAAUGGUGGAAUUCAAGUAAGCCGGGAGAAGUCCUCCUCGAUAUUCAAGAAGGGACUCUUCUCUAAAAAGGAAAAACAUUCCGAUAAAAAUUCUGAUCGAUUCUCAGACAAGUCAUCUGAUAAGUCUACUGACAGCCGGUAAUGGACGUCUGUGAGUUGGUGUCAAUACAUUCCAUAUCAUAAUGACCGGAUAAUGACCAACGUCAAACUACAAACUGUCAUUUGCCUUGAAAAGUUCAUUUCUUCCCCUAAAGCCAUGCCAAAGGAACAUGUUCUGGUAAUGUAGACGAAGUAUUUAAGAGCCAGGAUGUUAUAUAGCAUAGUUUGUGAUUCUACAUGGAUGUGGGUCUACAUAUGAGGCCAAUCUGAGCCUGGGGAAUGAAGUCAUCACUUGUGCCUAGACCUGUUGUAAGCUUAAGACAUGCAUCAUAAUGCAUUAUCUAGCAGUGACCCAUGAGGUAAGCCGUGUAUGUUCUGAAUGCUGAUUGGUCAGGGACAGUAUCAUCCAGCUGGUCUGAAAUCUACCAGUUUGGUCCAAUCAACAACACAUGAGCUGCAAGUUGAUUUGAUAACAUUACUGAUCCAACAUUCAGUCUGUGUAAUGCAUAUAUGUGAUGUUUAUUAAGCUUGUGCUUAAAUUGUAUUCUUUUAAUCACUUAGAAUUUGUAGCAGAGGUCUGUGAUGUAUUAUCAAACAUUUUGUCAAAGUUGGUUAAUUUUUCUCAACCAUUGAAUCAUGAUUUUCAAUAAUACAUGCUGUUGAGAUAUGGUUCUGUCUUAGAGUGCAUGCACUUUGUGUGGAAUGUAUCUAAUCAUUAGUUUGGUGUACAAAGCAAUAUGUAUUCCCAGUAGUCAGGCCAGAUGCAGAGUGAGUGACAUAGCUAGGGAGGUAUACAUGUACAUUUCAUCUGAUAGUGACGUGCGUAGAUAGCAUGAGUGAGUGACAGCAUUACUGUAGGAGUCAUGUACCUCAAACCCUGCAGCCUGAAUUGAACUUAAUACACAUAAAACAAUUAUUACAACAGUCAUGUAAUUCUAUUUGUUUUCAAUUCUGCCAAACCAAUAAUAUUUCUUGUUUUAAAGAUAAAUAUGUCAAUGUUUGGAACAGUUAAAAGCUAAAAUUUUAAAAUGCUAUUUCAUAAAAAUGUAUUUUGUUAAAAAAGCUAAAUAUAACUUUUCUAUACAUUUUGUUUAUCCCCUACUUCACUGAACUUCAAAAUCUAUAAUUCAAGCAAGAAAACUGUGUUGGUCUAAGUACAUUGACAUUUAGAACAUGACCUUACUACUGUUUCCACAACUUGGUCAUAUAGGGCCAGUCUUGGGUUAUACUAAAGUGGGGCAAGCAUCCUCUCUACCCAUCCUCAACCUGGGGCGGUGUGCAUGAUGCAAGCAUAGGGCAACCUAGGGCAACCAGCUCUGUCGGACAAUGAGACAAAUAAAAUGGCUUCAAAUUAUGCAGAAAAAUGAAAGUGUACUUUUCAAGUUGAUGUUGAUUGAGUGGUAUGUUACCCUGUUAGUUUCACUGCGGACAGCAGUCACAAACCCUUACUGGGAAUAAUUUGAAGGGGUUAAGUAUUUAACAGAUACUUCCCUUCCUUCAUGUUUUAAGGAACAACUGAAGGCUGACGUGUUGUCGGCUCUUGGAGUUGACCAGACAGGUCAGUGGACUGGAGAAGUGACGCGCCAGUCUGUUCAUUAAUUAACUACAAACUGAUCCGUUAUUCAUACUACUGGUAUUCCUAGUCAUGGAAUGUUGCAAUGGUGUGUGCAUGUACAGCCUACCCAUGAUCAUCAGCAUGCAGGACCGGGUGCUCGUAGAGUCGGAUGUGUGUACUGCAUGAUGUGUAUAGUCACCUAAUAUAUACAGUCAUAAGUUGACACAAUAGUCAAGCAGGGUUAUGGGAAGUCAAUUCCUUUCAAGAUCUGCCUUUAUUGAUUCCUUAAAGUAUUCAUGCAUGUUUAAAAUUUUAAUAAUGGACUAUUAAGGUUUGCUUGGAAUAUGUCUGUUUUGCUAAUAUUCUGUUACUAUAUUUGAUCAUUUUUUAAUAUAUGAAUUGAACAGUUAUGUCAUCAGAGACCAUAUAAUAGAUCUGAUGUCAUCUAGGCAUUUAAAAUCUUUGGAACUAAAUUAGAUCCAGAUAAAUUAGUGACAUUCAGCAUAAUGAUAAGAAAUACAUGGAUACAAACAUGCUGGAUGCUGUCGACAGAUCAAGAGGAUAGUCUCUGAUACAAUUUAAAGUUUCUGCAGAAUACAUUUCAUUCAUCUCGUGCAAACAUGCUUUGAUUUUGACAUGUAUGUUCGUUGUUAUUGGCCAAACUUGUGAAAAUAAUCUGUAUAUCAGUUGAAAUAUAUAAUUGUUUUAUAUGCUAAUAUAUGCACUCUCUGCGCGUUGUACCAAGCAAAUAGGCAAUGGAUAAAUAUCUACACUUUAGGAUAAUUAAGCAAUUAACACAAACAUAUAUAUAUAUAUAACAAUUUACACAUAAGCUUUCUCAUGAAAUGGUGUCAGGUGAAUGAAAUAUUGAGAAAAGUCUUUAAAAGCAAGAAUCUACUGCAGUUUUGUACAAUGUUCUUAUUUCUGUUCAAAGGGUGUAUCAUGGUGUAUUGCGUAUCACCUAAUCAGCAACUUUCUGUCACAAAUUAAGCUAUAUAUUGGUACUAAAAUAUUAUUUUGUUACAAUAUGUUAUCUAUUUAUACAGUUUCAAAUAUUGUUCAGCAAACAAAACAUUGCAAAAUAAAAUGUAUGAAAUGAAA